CUUUCCCGGCGUGCGCCGCGGCCGCAGGCGCUGACGUGGCUGCCGUCAGCGCCGCCAUCUUGUGGGAGCGAAACCAACGCCUGGCUGGGAGCGGCUGCCGCUGAGGUCUUUGGCCAGUGUCGCCUCCACCUGUCCACAAGCAUGGGGAAUAUCUUUGCAAACCUCUUCAAGGGCCUUUUUGGCAAAAAAGAGAUGCGCAUCCUCAUGGUGGGCCUGGAUGCUGCCGGAAAGACGACAAUUCUGUACAAACUGAAGCUGGGGGAGAUCGUGACCACCAUCCCCACCAUAGGUUUCAACGUGGAGACUGUGGAGUACAAGAACAUCAGCUUCACUGUGUGGGAUGUGGGUGGCCAGGACAAGAUCCGGCCGCUGUGGCGCCACUACUUCCAGAACACCCAAGGCUUGAUCUUCGUGGUGGACAGCAAUGACAGAGAGCGUGUCAAUGAGGCCCGUGAAGAGCUCAUGCGGAUGCUGGCGGAGGAUGAGCUCCGGGAUGCUGUCCUCCUGGUGUUUGCCAACAAGCAGGACCUCCCCAAUGCCAUGAAUGCUGCUGAAAUCACAGACAAGCUGGGGCUGCACUCUCUACGCCACAGGAACUGGUACAUUCAGGCCACCUGUGCCACCAGCGGGGACGGGCUCUAUGAAGGACUGGACUGGCUGUCCAAUCAGCUCCGGAACCAGAAGUGAACCAGAACUCCCCUUCCCCCUCACUUCCUCCUCUCCGCCCUCCGCUUUCCUCUCAUGUGGCAAACGUGCGACCCUGUGGUCCUGAGUGCCAGAAGCUGUCUCCAUGGGUUGGUCACAGUGCGCACCGCACCGUGCUGUGCGUGUGCAGACGCAGCCUGCAGCCAGGUUUUUAUUUAAUGUAAAUAGUUUCUGUUUCCACUGAGGCAGUUUCUGGUACUCCUAUGCAAUAUUACUCAGCUUUUUUAUUGUAAAGAGAAUCAACUUACGGUCAGUACUGAGAAGAGAUUUGGACAUGUGGGCACCUGGUCUCCAGGAGCCAGUGGGUGUAGAUCAGUAUCGGAAUCCAUUUGGUGGUUGGUUUUUAACCUGAACUCAGUGCAUUUUUUAAAAUUGUUAAAAAUACAAGCAGAACACUUGAACACAUAGAAGGGAGACUAUGCCUAGUGUAGGUUUUUGCAGUAACCGCCUGAAUGCUUAGUCCAUCAGAUCAGCUAGACGUUCCCCUGUGGAACAGGAGAGACGGUGACAAACGAACCACCAUCGCUGCAUGGUCACAGUAGAGCCCCCGUGACUCGCCUGUCUGUGGAUCACCUGCAUUCCAUAGCGUUGUGCUUGUACUUGUGCUCACACGGUCACCAAGGGGCUGGCAGGGGCCGGGGCAGGGCCUCAUCCUUGAUGGGCCUGUGGCCUAGCAGCCGCCCGCGUUCCCAGUUCUGGCGCCUGCUCCGAGUACCGGCGGGAGGCCUGGGUCUAGCCAGCAGGAGUCUGCAAGCUGGGAGAGUUGGCCCACUCCAGACCCAGUCCCAGAGCACCCCAUCUCCAUGUGUGAAGUAGCUUCCUCCCUCAGCCUGCAAGGGUCCGAUUUGCCAUCGAAAAAGACGACCUCUACUUUUUUUUCUUUUGUAUUUUGAUAAACACUGAAGAAGCUGGAGCUGUUAAAUUUAUCUUGAGAAAACCUCAGAACUGGUUUAUUUGGUGUCGUGGAACCUCUUACCGCUUUCAAUACACAAUUAGUAAUCAACUGUUUUGUAUACUUGUUUUCAGUUUUCAUUUCAACAAGCACUGUAAUUAUAGCUACUAGAAUAAAGUCUCAACUAUUUCA